AUGGAAGUAGAUGUUACUGGAUUCUCUAGAUAUGAUCUGGAGAAUGCCAAGUCUACGUGGGAGAAACAAUUCGAAGACAUCAAGCGACUACAUUUGGAAUUGACUACAGACCAUGGCAUGGAAGAAGCCGAUGAAGAAUUGGAGGAGAUUGAAGAAAGGAUGAAUACGAAAAUCCAAGCAAUGAUUGGGAAAUUAUGUGGCGCAAAAGAAGAAGCGCAUGCGGUGGAAUUGAAAAGCAUAGAGAUUCCAAGUUUUAAUGGAAAUGUGGAGGAAUGGAGUUCCUUUCACGAUCUAUUUAAAAAAAUGAUAGAUGGUAAUAUGCAACUAUCGGACGUGGAAAAGUUGUAUUACCUGACAACGAACUUGAAAGGAGAAGCUUUACGAUUAGUGCAGCAUCUGCAAAUAACUGACGCAAACUAUAAGGCAGCAUGGGAGUUGCUGGAAAAGCGAUACAGGAGAAUUUUAUUCACGAGGCUAGUGGAUAAGAUUUUGGAUCACCCCAAUAUAAAUAGUCAAUCGGCAUUCAGCUUAAGGAAAUUACUUGAUAGCGUGAAUGAGAGUGUUCACGCAUUGAAGGCGAUGGUAAUACCGUUAGACCUUGCUGAUACGAUUUUAGACAGGAUUAUUAUAAGGAAACUGGACAAAGAGGGACUUAUUCAGUACGAGCAAAAUGUGAAAAAGUCUAAGGACAUUCAAAAACUUGCAGACUUGCUGGACUUCCUGGAACAGCAAUAUCAAGCAUUGGAAGCAGCAGCAGACAGAAGACAAUACGUUCCAGGAGUGUUCAACCAGCAAGACAGAUCCGAAAAUGCGGAGAAGAGGUUAUGCAGAUUUUGCAAGCUGGUUGGUCAUGACAUUGUGGCGUGUAGGAAAUUUGCGGCUCAAUCAUCGAACGAGCGAUAUAGUUGGGUAAAGUCAGCCCAGUUAUGCCUAAAGUGCCUGAAGCACGGAAAAGAGAAGAGGUGUCUGGGCGAUGGUAAAUGUCGGAAAUGUGGAUUGAGUCAUAACACACUGAUCCAUUUGGAUAAAGUAAGCAACUCUAAGCCAAUGACAACCAACACAGCAGCAAAUGUUCUCCUGGCAACAGCCCAAGUCCGAGUAAGGUCUUUACAUGGCGAGUACAUAACAUUAAGGGCUUUAAUGGACCAAGUAUCACAAAUAACGUCGGUAUCAGAGGAUGCAGCGCAGCUACUGCAACUACCAAAGAGGAAGGCCGAUAUGAAGCUAGGAGGUCUCGGAGAGACUAUUGUGGGAGUGGCAAAAUCAAAAGUAUUGCUCGAAAUAAGACCGUGA